UUUGAUUGUCAGCAACGAUGACUAAAGUCAAAGCUAGUCAGUAAACAUUGAGACGAAAAAAAGGUGUAUUUUUAAUUUGUUUAAUUCAAUCAAAAGCGAAAAAUAAACGAAAGAAAAAAAAUAUGAGACGAAAGACUGGCAUUGGUGCUGUCCAUAAGCAAAAGCUUGAAGCCGGAAAAUUCAAAGACAAAGGCACCGAAUUACAAGACUCACAAUUUGAACAGAUGACAAAACAAAUGGAAAUAUUUCGCGAGAAUUUAGAAGAAUUUGCAACAAAUCAUCGUAGUGAAAUUAAGAAAAAUGCACAGUUUCGGCGACAAUUUCAAGAAAUGUGCGCUGCCAUCGGUGUGGAUCCAUUGGCAUCGGGCAAAGGUUUUUGGAGUGUAUUGGGCAUGGGUGAUUUUUACUAUGAACUUGGCGUUCAAGUGGUUGAAGUGUGCCUGGCAUUGAAUCAUGUCACCGGAGGUCUAAUGGAAUUGGAUGAAUUGCGACGACGUCUUAUUGCAGCCAGAGGUCAAAAAGCAUCCCAUCAAGAAAUUACCACCGAAGAUAUUUUGAUGGCGACCAAGAAAUUGAAAAUAUUUGGAAAUGGAUUUGUCGUGUAUCCAAUUGGCCGAGGAAAGCAUAUGGUCCAAUCGAUUCCGGGUGAAUUGAGUUUACAAGAAACAAUGGUUUUAACAACAGCAUCAAAUCAGGGUCAAGGUUUUGUCACAAUCAGCAUGCUAAUGAAGGAAUUGGGAUGGAAUGAAUUCCGUGCAAAACAAGCCAUUGACAAAAUAUUGGGUGAAGGAUUAGCCUGGAUUGAUGAACAAAGCGAUGAAACGAGCUAUUGGUUUCCAAGUUUAUUUCCCAAACGUGAUCAAGUCAAUGCCAACUCUGAAUGAACACAAUAAAUGUUAUUGCCUUUUAUUACACAACACAUCUUGCAAAUAUGUACAUAACUUUUUUUUUAUAACAUAUUUCAUAAUGUUCAUAAAUCUAUUCAAAAAUUUAA